AGUAUGAAUUAGUUGGCACGACUUCCGGUGCGGUCUCUUUAUGGCUCGUGAAGUUUUGGGGUGUGAGAGCAGCGAAGGUUCCGGGUGCGACUGUGCUAAGUUUCAGUUCCCAUUGGUGCUUGAGUGAAGUGGUCAGAGCUGAAAGGGAAGGCUGGAGUGAAGCGAUUUAACGCAAACCCUUGGGAACGAGUUCGCGCUGCGCAACACACCCUGGACUUGUAGUUCCACUCGGGAGAACAGCCUCGCCGCGACUGACAGCUGCCGGAAGUGAGGCUGCGCGGAAUGGCCGCCGCGGCCACCAUGGCGGCAGCUGCCCGGGAGCUGGUGUUGCGGGCCGGGGCCUCGGACAUGGAGGAGGAGGAGGGCCCGCUGGGGGGUGGUCCUGGUCUUCAGGAGCCAUUGCAGCUUGGAGAGUUGGACAUCACCUCUGAUGAAUUUAUCCUGGAUGAAGUGGAUGUUCACAUUCAGGCAAAUCUGGAGGACGAGUUAGUAAAGGAAGCUCUUAAAACGGGUGUGGAUCUCCGUCACUAUUCAAAGCAGGUUGAGCUGGAACUACAGCAGAUUGAGCAGAAAUCCAUUCGGGAUUAUAUCCAAGAGAGUGAGAACAUAGCAUCUCUGCACAACCAGAUCACAGCCUGCGAUGCUGUCCUUGAGCGCAUGGAGCAGAUGUUGGGAGCUUUUCAGAGUGACCUCAGCUCCAUCAGCUCUGAGAUCCGGACACUGCAGGAACAGUCAGGAGCCAUGAACAUUCGGCUUCGAAACCGCCAGGCAGUUCGUGGGAAACUUGGGGAGCUUGUCGAUGGUCUGGUAGUGCCCACUGCUCUGGUCACGGCAAUUCUGGAGGCGCCAGUGACAGAGCCCAGAUUCCUGGAACAGCUGCAGGAACUGGAUGCCAAGGCAGCUGCAGUCCGAGAGCAGGAGGCUAGAGGUACAGCGGCUUGUGCAGAUGUCAGAGGUGUGCUCGACCGGCUCCGGGUCAAGGCAGUGACGAAGAUUCGAGAGUUCAUCCUUCAGAAGAUUUAUUCCUUCAGAAAACCAAUGACCAACUAUCAGAUCCCCCAGACGGCCCUGCUGAAGUACAGGUUCUUCUAUCAGUUCCUGCUGGGCAAUGAAAGAGCAACAGCAAAGGAGAUCCGAGAUGAAUAUGUGGAGACGCUGAGCAAGAUCUACCUGUCUUACUACCGCUCCUACCUGGGGCGGCUCAUGAAGGUGCAGUAUGAGGAAGUUGCUGAGAAAGAUGACCUAAUGGGUGUGGAAGACACAGCAAAGAAAGGAUUCUUCUCAAAGCCAUCCCUGCGAAGCAGAAACACCAUCUUCACCCUGGGGACUCGUGGCUCUGUCAUCUCCCCCACUGAGCUGGAGGCCCCCAUCCUGGUGCCUCACACCGCCCAGCGGGGAGAACAGAGGUAUCCAUUUGAGGCCCUCUUUCGCAGCCAGCACUAUGCCCUCCUGGACAAUUCCUGCCGGGAAUAUCUCUUCAUCUGUGAAUUCUUUGUUGUGUCGGGCCCGGCUGCGCACGACCUCUUCCACGCUGUCAUGGGCCGCACACUCAGCAUGACCCUGAAGCACCUGGAGUCCUAUCUCGCUGACUGCUACGACGCCAUUGCUGUUUUUCUCUGUAUCCACAUCGUGCUCCGAUUCCGCAACAUUACAGCGAAGAGGGAUGUUCCCGCCCUGGACAGGUACUGGGAGCAGGUGCUUGCCUUGCUGUGGCCACGGUUUGAGCUGAUACUGGAGAUGAAUGUGCAGAGUGUCCGAAGCACUGACCCUCAGCGCCUUGGGGGGCUGGAUACUCGGCCCCACUAUAUCACACGCCGAUAUGCAGAGUUCUCGUCUGCUCUUGUCAGCAUCAAUCAGACAAUUCCCAACGAGCGGACGAUGCAGCUGCUGGGGCAGCUCCAGGUGGAAGUGGAGAACUUUGUCCUCCGAGUGGCAGCUGAGUUCUCCUCAAGGAAGGAGCAGCUUGUGUUUCUGAUCAACAACUAUGACAUGAUGCUGGGCGUGCUGAUGGAACGGGCUGCGGACGACAGCAAGGAGGUUGAGAGCUUCCAGCAGCUGCUCAAUGCUCGGACACAGGAAUUCAUUGAAGAGUUGCUCUCUCCCCCUUUUGGUGGUUUGGUGGCAUUUGUGAAGGAGGCCGAGGCUCUGAUUGAGCGUGGACAGGCUGAGCGACUUCGAGGGGAAGAAGCCCGUGUUACUCAGCUGAUCCGUGGCUUUGGUAGUUCCUGGAAAUCAUCGGUGGAGUCUCUGAGUCAGGAUGUAAUGCGAAGUUUCACCAACUUCAGAAAUGGAACUAGUAUCAUCCAGGGAGCACUGACCCAGCUGAUCCAGCUCUAUCAUCGUUUUCACCGGGUGUUGUCUCAGCCCCAGCUCCGCGCGCUCCCUGCCCGGGCUGAGCUCAUCAACAUUCACCACCUUAUGGUAGAGCUCAAGAAGCACAAGCCCAACUUCUGAUGUGCUGGGGUUGAGGGCUUCACCAGCCCUCUCCAUGGACUCCUGCAGCCCACCCACGUCCUUCACCUGCGUGCCCCUCCCAGUUCUCCCUUUCCUCCUGGGUCUAUGACAUGCCUCACCCUGCCUUCGUCCCCAGGGCCCUGCCUCAUCAGGGGACGCUGGACCUCCCAGUGUCUUCAGGUGUCCCAGGACCACCUUCCCCUGGGCCUCCAAAACGACCUGAUCAUUCUCCCAAUUUUGUCACGAUGCUCCGUCCCCCCAAAAACUAACAGAAAACAAGGCUCCUCUCUCUUCCUCUAGCAAAACCUUCACUUGCCUCAAUCUCUGGUUCACUCAACUCUUGUCACCAUGUCCUGAGCGUGAAGCCUCACCUCUUGGAAUUGGUGGCAAGGGGAGACUGCCUUCAAGUCAUUGAUUUUUUUGGUGUUUUUUUUUACGCAAAGUGAUUUCUGUAGCUUUUUGACCUAAGAUUAUGGCAACUUGAACACUAACUAGUCCCCCUCCUGGCUUGAGAGGUACUUCAAGGUCAGUCUACAGAGAACAAUAAAUAUUUAAUAU